AUGGAGUGCUUACGGGAUAAGUUUGUUGGAGGCGUCCUGUUGGACGGAGGUCGAUUCCAAACCCUCUCACCGCUCAAUCACGGCUCUUUCGGCAUGGUCUUCAUGGCUCAAGAUCUUGCUUCCAACCAGCCGGUUGCGAUCAAGUGUUUGACCAAGAAAGCCGGCCAAGGCGAUGCCUGUCAAGAGUUUGCCGUCGACGAGCGCUCGGAGGAGUUGGUUCUUCACCGAACUAUCAGCCCUCACGACAACAUCGUCAACCUCAUCCAUUCCUUUGAGACCGACUCUCACAUCUUUCUCGUGUUGGAGUUCUGUGGCCAGGGCGAUCUUUAUGAGGCGAUCCGCAACGGCCAUGGACCUCUACAGACUGAGCACGUUCGUCAAUUCAUGCUAGAGCUAGUGGAUGCUGUCGAAUACAUUCACUCCAAGGGCAUUUACCACCGAGACAUCAAGCCGGAGAACAUCUUCCUCACCCAGGAUGGUGCUAUGAAGCUUGGUGACUUUGGUCUAGCCACAACUGACAAAUGGUCUUACGAGAUGACUGUCGGAAGCGAUCGCUACAUGGCCCCUGAACAAUUCGACUCUGCCGGAGCCGGCUACUCGCCUGCCGAGGCAGACAUUUGGGCCAUUGGUAUCUGUCUUCUCAACAUUCUCUUCUCUCGCAACCCCUUCACCACCCCGACCGAGGCCGACCCUCUAUUCCUUGACUACUCCCGGGACAAGCAGAGCUUGUUCGAUGUCUUUCCUUCCAUGUCUCAGGACACGUACGAAGUCAUCGUGCAAUGCAUGAAUUUGGAUCCCAAGAGGCGUUCCCUGGUCGGCGCGAGAGACGCUUUAUUGCGCGUUGUUUCAUUCACCACCGAAGACGAAUCCCUCGACGACUUUUGUGGUGCUGAGAAAGCUACCGUGGCCUCUGCCAACAGAGAGCCUCUCCGCACGCCUUCCUUGCAAAGCCCUCAGGUCGAAUUCGGCGCCUUUCCCUGGACUCGUGCGCUCCACGCCACUCCCAAGUAUGCUAGCCGUCAAUUGAGUGCUAUUCCCGAUGAUGAGAGCUACACCGAAGACCUCUUCUCCAAAUCUGAGAACACUGUCGACUGGUGCUCUGCUGCCCCUCAGACGCCAUCCAUGUCCUCGACUAUGGACUCUCAUCUCAUGCCGACCAUGAAGACCUUGACGAUCAACCAGAAGCGUCCCAAUAUCUCGCCGGCUGCUGGUUCAUUGCCAAUUACCAUGGCUAAGCCGCUUCAGCUUUCCAUGUCAACCGUCUUUGGUCACCGGGAGCCUAUGUCCAAGAGUUGGAGCGACAUGUGGGAUGAAGAUGAAGAGGAAGAGAUUGAGCAGCAACGCGGAGCUCUUAAGGCCCUCAACUCACGUACAUGGAGCCAUGAAAGCGUACAAGACGCUGAGAAGGAGAAUACUGAGCCAGUUCCCGAAGCUACACAAAUUAAGGGUGAUGUUGAUGGCGACUUGGUCGAUGGCUUCUUCUUCCACGAAGCCAUCCUCCCCAAGCCUGUCCCGACUGUGCCUCGCUACUCUCCUCCUCCCAAGCGGAACAACUUCGACAAGUGGGCUGCGUUGGGUGAGCGCCGUCGUGGUGGUACUGCCAUGGACAUUGAAAAGCCACCUGCGUUGAAACAUCGUCGUUCUCUGGGCUUUGGGUUCAAGGCCAACGAGAUGGGUGGUUUGGAUCAGUCGCCGCUCCGGAGCGGCUUUAAGGACCGAGUCAAGGACUCCCCCGUGACCAAGGGUAGAGAUCUCAAUUGGCGUCGUGAUCGACGCGCAGAUCUCGGGGAUAUUGAGUGGGUUGGUGGUUGGUAG